AGAUGGCGGCCGGGGCGCCGCGGCCUCAGCGCGCUCCGGCCCCUCCCGCCGCCGCCCGGGCUUCCUUCCCAAGAUGGCGGCGCCCAGCGGGACGGGCGGCGGGAGGCUGUGGGCAGCGCUGGUGCCCGCCGCGCUGCUGUGCCUGGCGGCCCGGGCGGCGGAGGAACCGGGCGCGGCCCGUUUCGACGUGCGGCCCGGCGGGGAGAUUCACUCCUUCUCCCGGAGCCUGGGGGAUUACACCUGCACCUUCACAUACUCAGCUCAGGGAGGAACCAACGAGCAAUGGGAGAUGGACAUUGGAGUCAGCGAAGACAACCUGCUCUUCUCCUGCUCUGUCUGGAGGCCCCAAGGGAAGUCUUAUCUCUUCUUUACGCAGUUUAAAGCUGAAGUGAAAGGAGCCAAGAUAGAGCAUGCCAUGGCUUAUUCUCAAGCCGCAGCGGGUGGACAAAGCGACAUCCCCUUGAAACAGGAAGAAUUUGAAGUCACUGAAACAACAGUGUCUCACAGGGAAGGCAAGUUCCGUUUUGAACUGUCCAAACUCAUGAUUGUAGCAAAAACUCCCCGUGACGAGCUGUGACCCCGGGGUCAACGCUGGGGAAGAUCAUGGCAGAUAAAGAGGAUGACUUUUUAACUGCAGGGUUUGGUUGGGGUUUUGGUUGUUUUUUUUUUUGUUUUGGUUGGCCAAACAAUUUCUGUUUUCCAUAUUGAAGUGUGCCAGGGUCCAAUACAAGUGGGACUUGGAGGUGUUAAGACAGAUGCAUUCUGUCUUGUGUCAGAGUAACAAUGUGCUUUGCAGCUGGAAACCUCCUCUGAGACUCCUGAUCUGCAGCCAGGCCUUCUGUCACCCUCUUUCUGCUUGGUUGAUCUGCUGAAUGUGGUAAAGCUCCCCUCUAACAGGGGCUCCUUAUCUCUCUGGCUAGGAAGGGUAAUGCAGAAAGAUAAGUGGCUGGAUUUAAACAUGGUUUGCUAAAGUUGUUAACUCUCUAGUCUCUGGAGGGAGGACGGGAUUUCUGUCGCUGCAAACGUGACAGGAGGAACUAAUGAAAUUGAGUGGGAGGGGGAAGGAAGGAGUGGAGUUGGCCAGAGCUGUCUGACUCCUUGUUGAGUGUGGCUGCUAAAGGUCAACACUGCCAGGAGGGUGUUCUGGACUAGUGUGGAGCACGAGUUGGGAUAACGUGGCAUGGGGAAGGCAGAGCUGCUUAUUCUGACACAACCCAGGAAUCCAUCCGAGCAACACUUGCACACCUCAGCACAACUGCAGGACUAUUUUCUACGUACAGAAGUGGGGGUGUUUUGUUUUUUUUUUUAAAUCUAGAGUAAUACCAGUGAGGGAAUGUGGAAUUCCUCUCCUGUGUAAAUACAAAUAAAGAAAUAAAGCAUCA